CGAAAGGAAGUGUACUUCGCCAAUAAGGGCCUCCAUGCCCGGCAGUCGCCGGUCACUCACGGCUGCGCAACUUAAGUGGAUCUGAGCCUUUGAGUUUCUGGAGACCCGCAGAAGCAGCCAGAACUCCCAGACCUGCUUUUGUUCCGGUAGCAGGUUAGACAGGUUGACCUUGGCCGCUCCUCUUUGCACUCUGCAACCCCUGGUCAAAGCAGAUGAUGUCGUGGGCUGCUGUCAACCUGAGAAGGACAGCUGCCCGAUGCUUUCGUGAGCGAUGCCUCGGGUUCCGCGUGGGUCCUUGGUGCGCCUCCCAGCAGGAAACCCCCGGCUGCGGUCCAACUCCACACAGGACGCUACGUGUCAGCGCGGCGGCCUCCGCGGGACACAAUAAAUGGUCUAAAGUCCGGCACAUCAAGGGCCCCAAGGACAUGGAAAGGAGUCGAAUCUUCUCUAAACUCGCUCUCAGUAUCCGCCUAGCUGUUAAAGAGGGAGGCCCCAACCCUGAGAACAACAGCCACCUGGCCAACAUCUUAGAGGUGUGUCGAAGCAAGCAUAUGCCCAAGUCAACCAUUGAGUCAGCACUGAAAACAGAGAAAAACAAGGGCGUUCAUUUGCUAUACGAGGGUCGAGGUCCUGGUGGCUCUUCUCUGCUCAUUGAGGCAUUAUCGAACAGUGGUCCCAAGUGCCAUUUGGACAUUAAAUACAUCCUGAACAAGAAUGGGGGAGUGAUGGCCGAGGGAGCACGCCAUUUCUUUGACAAAAAAGGAGUGGUUGUGGUCGGAGUGGAGGACAGAGAGAAGAAAGCUGUGAACCUGGAGCGCGCCCUGGAGCUGGCAAUUGAAGCAGGAGCUGAGGAUGUGAAGGAAGCUGAGGAUGAAGAAGAAAAGAACCUUUUUAAAUUUAUUUGUGAUGCCUCUUCAUUGCAUGAAGUGAGGAAGAAACUGGACUCCCUGGGCCUGUGUUCUGUGUCCUGUUCCCUGGAGUUCAUCCCCAACUUAAAGGUGCAGCUGGCUGAGCCCGACCUGGACCAGGCUGUUCACCUCAUCCAGGCUCUCAACAACUAUGAGGACGUGAUUCAUGUUUAUGACAAUAUCGAAUAACCCAACUAUACAUGCCUCCGGGCUCUUUCCUAGGUUGCAUGAGCCUAUGCAGCAAAUUGGAGGCUGCAACAGGCGGGCACCUAUCAGAGACCUGAUGCUAUGGCUUACAGCCUUAAGAGAAAGGAACUCUUAGCUCUGUUGGUGUCACAGGGCCAUCUGGGAUACAAGGUGAGACUAGCCAGCUGGUCUGACUCUGAUCUCAGGUGACUGGCCCUUGUCAAGAUUUUAAGUGUCUUGUGGUACUAUAGAGUGGGAAUUGAUCAUCAAUAAUAAUAGCCGUGAUUGGUUAUUCUUGGAUGCUGCAUUGCUGGUAUGACUCUUGAGUUGUCCCCAGUUUGUGUCCAGGUUUUGAAUUUCUGGACUAUUGUUCAGGCCCAUAUGCUUAUUUCUAUAUUUUAAUAUUAAGAUUGUCUUUUUUUCUUUUCUUUCCUUUUUGCAAUAGAAAUGUGACUGUUCUGUGUGGUUGAAUGCUGGCCUAAUGACCUAACCUUUUCACUUGCUCAUGCAGCUAGUAUUUCUUGGACAUUGUUCUUUACAAGAAUUGUGCUUUUUCAGAGAUCAGGCUGUUCAAGUGAUGCUUAGAUCUUACUCUAAGAUGUAGGACCUUAAAGGACAUGGGGCUGUACCCAUGGAGCUGUCCCAGGGUAGUGUGGACUAUGUUCAUCUUUUUUUCUUCAUGUGGUUUCUGUUCCCUUUUCUGUUUGAUUAUGGCUUUAGUGCCAUAGGAAGUCAGGUGUCAGGGAAGGGGCUUCCUCAGGACCUACUUUGACCAACCCCUGUGUGUUCUGAUAUUGAUAACAAUGGAGCUAUCAGCAGAUGGGGUUGUUCUCUUGGAAGGCUUGUACUAACCUAGGUUUGAAAGCUUGAGGACUGCAGAAGGCCAUCUUUAGCUCUUUCCAGUGGUGCCAGACGAUAGGAGCACCAAUAACUAGAGGGAAACAGGGACAAAAGGAAGAGUGAUGGCUGAGCCAGAGCCUGGCCGUUUGAACCUUUGGCUCUUAACAGUCACUUCAGGGUUUAGAGUUCUAGCAGGGUCGACUGCCUGUGCUGCAGUGUAUUGAGCAUAGUGAGUCUGGAGUGGCUUUUGAAUCCAGGUCAUCUACCAACUUAAAAGUUGUUCAAGUCAGUUCUGAGCUCAGAGUGCCUCUUUCUGAAGGAGCCUUAGGUAAAUGAGCGUGGAAAGACCUAAUGCUGUGAAAGACACUCCAGCUUCUGGGAAAGGACAACUGGAAAGCCAGGGAGGAAAAAACAAAACAAAAACCAGAACAGCCCAAGAUCAUACCAAACCACAUGCCCUUAUGCCUCAUAUCAAAGACAUAGUACUAACCAGGAUUUUUUAGUUUAGCUGGGGACAAAUCACCUAAAUAUCUGAAUUAGGACAUCCUCAGAAUGGGAUAACUUGAUGUUGAUAAACUGCUUUACAAUUGAUAAGAUAUGUUACUUGAUUUUACAACACACCAAUAAAAUAGAACAAGGGCUGAGGGGGGUGGCUUAGUAAAUAAAGUGUUUGCCAUGUAAAUGUGAGGACCGGAGUUCAAAUCCCCGGAAGUCAUGUGAAGCCUACAAAGAGCAGUGUGUGUGUAUGUGUGUGUGUGUGUGUGUGUGUGUGUGUGUGUGUAAUCCCAGUGUUCCUAUGGGAAGGUGGAGGCUAAGACAGGAGAAUCCCCUCAAGUUUGUGAGCCAGCAAAGAAGAGACCCUGUCUCAAACAAGGUGGAAGCUGAACACUGACACUCUCUCUACACACGUGCCAUGGCACGUGUGCCCUCACAUACAAGCAUACUGGCAUAUCAUAUACACACCCAUGUGCACACAUACAUGCACAAAAAAGAUUUAAAAAAAGUUACUUUAUGUAUAAGUUAUCUUACACCUAGGGCUGAAGAGAUGGCUCUCAUUUUUUUUCUGAACUAGGGCACUCACAUAUACAUGGCAUACACUCACAUAGACACACACACAUAAAUAAUCAAAAAUGAAAAUAAAUAUCAUAAAAAAAAACAAAGCCCUCAAGUUAUCUUGUACCAAACGAGGAGGAACAGGUCUAAUAUGGCAUCUUAUGUUGGUAGUGCUUGUGUAUAAAAUAGCUGUUUUAGAAAUGUUGAAUAUAAAUUAAGCGGAAGGAAUGUGAUCAUUUCUCAGCUGAGAAAUCUGUAUGAGGGACGCUUGUUCUUAAAGGGAACUUGGCUACUCUUAGGAACAGGACUCAUCCAGUCUAGAAGGGUUUGUUUGUGAAUCUGGAUUGUUGUGGAACCAGCUUUUUUAGCCCAGCCCCAGGCUCUGUGCCUGUGAGGGUAGCUCUGCACUGACCCCUGGUGGUGCCCUUCGCGCUCCUACAGCUAACAAGGAAAAGCAGAAGUGGACUAACUUGAGCCUUCCCGCUGUUUCUGGAUCUAGUUGAGACCAUGAAAUACAAAUAAAUAUAGUCAUAGCCAUACACUGUAACUAAGCACAAGAAGUCACCAGGAUUGGAGGACACAUAGUAAAGGCACUUAAGAAGAAAAAGAUCGAGUGAUAAAUAGUCUGAUUUUCAUCAGUAUAAAAGUGAAUUUUGUAACAAGGGCAUCUGUGUUUCAAGGAAGAAAGCUUAGAGUUUUCCUUGGUAUAUUGUCUUUGAAAUUUCACAUGGUUAUGAAGGGGGUUGCCAGGAAUCUCAGAGUAAUAAUAAAAGUUCGGGCAUGGGCAGGCAAAAGUAUGGCUCUUGAUAUUGCAUAGUAAAGCCCCAACAGUCACUAUAAAAAAGUUAUCUUUCUGAAAAUACUCUAUAUCAGCUGGAUAUGGUGACCCACACCUGAAACCCCAGCCCUUGGAAGGUAGAGGUGGGAGGACUGCUGAGGAUUUAAGGCUACUUGGUCUACAUAUGGAGUUCCAGGCCAGCUGAGGUUACAUAGUGAGACUUUGCCUCAACAAAACCAACCAACAAACAAAAGAAUAUUUUAUAUCAUAAAAUGUUUACAAUAUAAUAUUAUACAAAGAUUCAAAGUUACAUCUAUGUUGGGCUAGGGAGUAGCUCAGUGGUAGAACAUGUGCUUAUCAUGUGUGAGUCCCAGUCAUCUGGAAGUCUGAGCAUAAGGGUUUUUGUUUUUUUAAACAAAACUAGGGUUUCAUUGUAUAACCCUGGUUAUGCAGAACAUAUGGAACUUGAACUUCCUGCCUCUGGCUCUGAGUGCUGAUGACAGAUGUGAGCCACCACACCUGGCUCUGGUGUACCUUUGUGUCUGAAAAAACGGGCUGGGAUGACUUACAUCAUCUUAUCUUUGAUCAUUAUCUUUGUAAUACAAAGUUAUUUACUGCCUUGAAGCCACACUAGGGUUAUGUUCAAGUGUCCUUGUGACAGGCUUUGUCUACAGCCCAACUUUGACUUGUACGUGUGUGUACAAGAAGUGCUCCUUACUUACAGGAAGUGCUCCUGUGGGGCUGUGGAUGUAGUUCAUAUGACAGAGUAUUUGCUUAGCAUGCACAAAGCCCCAGCCAUAAUCCCUAGCACCAUGUAAACUGGACAUGGUAGAGCACACCUAUAAUCCUAGCAUUAGGCGGGGAAAGAAGCAGGGUUCCUAUGUAUAACUGCUGCCCUUCUGCAAGAGGCCCUGGUCCUAAUCAACUAUGGGGAUUCUCCAGCGCUGCUGAGUUACUAUUUUUAAACUCUGCACAUGUGUGUGUGCACUAGCCGAAGGGCAGCUUUCUCUGCCAUCCUCAGGAACACCAUCCACCUGUGCGACAGGUCCUCUCAUCUGGAGUUUAACAGUUAAGUGAGGCUGGCUGGUGAGCAGCUCCAGGGGUUCUCCUGUCAGCUUCCCUUUGCAUGGGUUCUGGUGAAUACACUCAGGUUCUGGCACUUGCAAGGCAAGCACUUCACUGACCUUUCUCCCCAGCCCCAGUUAUUUUUUUUUUUCAAAUUUUAUAGCAAAGAAGAUAAUAAAGCUUCAACUCCAAGUCUCUGA